GUUUCAAGCGACGGCUGUCUUGAAGGCAGACCGAAGCUCGAGGUUUAAAGCCUCACCAAAUCAUGUUCAGUUUUUCGUGAACAGCCAUGCAUUUCAUCCCUUUACGAGUUCUGGUUCUUGCCGCUGGACUUACUGGUCUCACCCUCUGGCAAAGGGAGCUCUACAAGGCAGAGCCCAUCCUCAGCUGGUCAUCGGUGCUUUGGACGCUCACCAUCUGGACCGCCGCUGUGACCUUGGCUGUCAACACCGUCGGAAAGGAACUUUGGCCCUACGUGCGGUUCAUCUGGCACUGCUUCAUUCAGCCCGUCAAGGGUGCUGACCAGAGAGCGCGACUAGACCAGUUCUACGAAGGACAAGCCCAUGUCUACGACGCGACUCGCAACAGACUCCUCAGGGGACGAAACACAAUGCUGAACCUCUGUGCGGGCCACCUCCGUACCAUGCAGCAGACUGCGCCCAAGCAGCGUCUCGUCUGGGUGGACAUCGGCGGAGGAACCGGCCACAACAUCGAGCUCAUGGAUAAACACUUCCCCAUCUCGUCCUUCGACGCCGUCUACCUCGUCGACCUGUGCGAGCCCCUCCUUCGCGUCGCGCGCGAGCGCUUCGCAAAGAAGGGCUGGAAAAACGUUCACGUGCUCUGCCAGGACGCGUCUGAGUUCUCGCUCCCCGAGUGGGCGGGCAGCGACCCCAAAGGGAGCGUGAGCUUCGUCACGAUCAGCUACGCCCUCUCCAUGAUACCGAACUUCUACACCCUCCUCGACCGGGUCGACCACGUCCUCUCGCCCGCGCACGGACUCGUCGGCGUCGUCGACUUCUACACAUCGGGGAGGCAGCCGUCGCUGCACGAGCGCGCGAUCGGCGGGGCGAGCCGCGAGUGCGGCUGGCUCAGCCGCUGGUUCUGGCAGAUCUGGUUUGACUUCGACCAUGUCUCGCUCUCGCCACACAGGAGGGACUAUUUGGAGUACAAGUUCGGCACGGUGAAGGCCUAUAACGGGAGGAACCGUUUCGUGCUUCCGUUCAUCGUCCGGAUCCCAUACUACAUCUGGCUCGGCCGCUCGCGCUCAUGCGACGUGUCCCGGUUCUGCCACGCGUUCGAGGUCGAGGGCGGCAACAUGAUCGGGAACUGCUCGCCUGUCCCGUUCACAGCCGUUAGCGCAUCCCCCGCCGAGGAAAAGGAGAUCCCGGCGCUCGAGAUCGGCGAGCCGGUUAUGGAUCCAGAGGUUGGGGGGCGCACGGUGGGGCAGGCGACGAUUGUUAAUAUCACGCCGCCGUUGAGCUCUUUCCACUAUGGGAUCGGGAAGCCGUGGCGUCUUCCAUACUAUGAGCAGCCUAUUCACAAGGAGUUUAGAACGUUCAUAUACUCGUUUACAUGGGAGGACCCCAUGGAAGAUAUGAAGUACCUCGAGCUCUCAAAAGACGACUCGAUGCUCGUCAUCACCUCUGCGGGCGACAAUGCGCUGCACUAUGCCAUCGCUGCUCAGCCUAAGCGAAUUCACUGCGUGGACAUGAACCCGUGUCAAGGCCACCUCCUCGAGCUCAAGCUCGCCGCCCUCUCCGCUCUCUCGCACGAUGACUUCUUCCAGCUCUUCGGCGCAGGCCGCCACCCCUCCUUCCGCGCGCUGCUCGACGCGCGCCUCGCGCCAUUGCUCUCCUCCACCGCAUACCAGUUCUGGCGUAUCAACGAGCGCGCGUUCGACUCCGGCUUCUACCUGCAGGGCUACGCCGGCUGGGCCUUGCGCCUCGCGCAGCUCGUGUUCACGCUCGCGGGCGUGCGCGCGGACGCGGAGGCGCUGUGCAGCGCAGGCAGCGUCGCGGAGCAGGAGCGCAUCUGGCGCGAGCGGCUGCGGCCGGUGCUGCUCAGCGCGCCGGUCGUCGCGGUCCUGAGGAGCCCGGUGUUUUGCUGGAACGCGCUGGGCGUGCCGCUGAACCAGCGGAGGAUGUUGAUGGAGGAGGGGAGCGUGUAUGAGUUUGUGAGGGAUACGUUCGAUCCGUUGCCUGGGACGUGGUCGUUCAGGGAUGACGCGUAUUUCUAUCCUUUGGCUUUGACGGGGCACUAUACCCGCACGUCCUGCCCUGCGUAUCUCACACCUUCAGGGUAUGAGACGCUUCGGGCGAAUAAGGGAGAGGCGAUGGACGCUUUCCGUCUGCACACGGACUCGAUCAUCAAUGUCCUCCGCGGUCUAACGGACUCCUCGCUGACUCGAGCCGUGAUCAUGGACCACCUCGAUUGGUUUGCGCCCGGCUCCAAGGACGUAGACGAAGAAGUCGCGGAGUUCCACAGGGUACUAUCGUCCGGCGGCUUUGUGCUAUGGCGCUCGGCAGCUCGUAAGCCCUGGUACGCUGAAGUCUUUGAGCGCCAGGGAUUUGUCGUUACACCCAUCAGUGUCAGGAAGGGCCCCGAAGUUGCGCUUGAUAGGGUCAACAUGUACGCGUCGUUCUACCGGGCUGUGAAGGUCUAACCAUUCAUGUAUUUUAUCUUGUUCAUUUGUACUAUAAGGGUAGAUAAUUUUUGUUGUAAAGCCAGGCCUAUAGACGUCUUCAAUUUUCAAAGUAUGUU